AUCUUCCAUUAGUUUUUAUUCGGGAAUCGGGAAGCAUUCAAGCAUAAGGGAAAUAACGAUCGUCAAGGUGGAUGAUCGGUACCGCAUAUCGGUUUCGUGAGAAGGACCGCACGGGACCUUUUGGAUUCGCAGCCUUUCAUUUUCUUAGCUGAUUCUCUCGCUCCGUUAUUUGCCUCGCCGCACCGUCACCGCCUCUGCCCUUGCUUCUGUGGCAGGAGCAAGGGAGUAUAAAUAACGCGCGCGAGAGAGAGAGAGAGGGGAGGGAGGGGGCGAAGGCGAGCAGCGUGCUUUACUUCUUUCCCUGUUCAUCUCGCGAGUUGAGCCAUGGCAGGAAACGAUUGGAUCAACAGCUACUUGGAGGCGAUCCUGGACGCCGGCCCUGGCAUCGACGCUGCCAAGGCCUCGUCGUUGCUGCUGCGGGAGAGGGGGAGCUUCAGCCCCACACGCUAUUUCGUGGAGGAGGUCAUCACCGGCUUCGAUGAGACGGAUCUGUACAAGACUUGGGUUCGGGCCGCGGCUAUGAGGAGCCUGCAGGAAAGGAACACGCGACUGGAGAACAUGUGCUGGAGGAUUUGGAAUUUGGCACGUAAGAAGAAGCAGAUUGAGGGAGAGGAAGCUCUAGGUAUUUCCAAAAGCCGCCUUGAACGUGAAAGAGCCCGUCGUGAUGCAACUGCUGAUAUGUCUGAAGACCUCUCUGAAGGAGAAAAAGGAGAUGCCAAUAAUGAUAUGCCAACUCAUGGUGACAGUAACAGAGGCAGAAUGCCAAGGAUUAGCUCUGCUGAAGCCAUUGAGGCCUGGGCAAGUCAGUAUAAGGACAGAAAAUUAUAUAUAGUGUUGAUAAGCAUUCACGGUCUCAUACGGGGUGAAAAUAUGGAGCUUGGUCGCGAUUCUGAUACCGGUGGCCAGGUGAAGUAUGUUGUUGAACUUGCAAGAGCAUUGGGUUCAAUGCCUGGAGUAUAUAGAGUUGAUUUACUUACGAGGCAAAUAUCAGCGCCAGAUGUUGAUUGGAGCUAUGGUGAACCAACAGAAAUGCUGACUCCAAGAACCUCUGAUAUGCAUGAGAUGGGCGAGAGCAGUGGGGCAUAUAUAAUUCGCAUUCCAUUUGGACCAAAAGAUAAAUACAUUCCUAAAGAACUUUUAUGGCCACAUAUCCAAGAGUUUGUUGAUGGUGCACUUAGCCAUGUUAUGCAGAUGUCAAAAGUACUAGGGGAGCAAAUUGGUGGGGGGAAGCCAGUAUGGCCUGUUGCUAUUCAUGGACAUUAUGCAGAUGCAGGCGACUCCGCUGCUUUACUCUCUGGGGCAUUAAAUGUUCCAAUGCUAUUCACAGGCCACUCCCUUGGAAGAGAUAAGUUAGAGCAACUACUGAAGCAAGGGCGACAAACAAGAGAAGAAAUAAAUGUAACAUACAAGAUAAUGCGUAGGAUUGAGGCAGAGGAACUUUCUCUUGAUGCUUCUGAGAUUGUUAUCACUAGUACAAGACAGGAGAUAGAAGAACAGUGGCGGUUAUAUGAUGGUUUUGAUGUUAUACUUGAGAGAAAACUACGAGCUAGAAUCAAGCGUGGUGUAAGCUGUUAUGGUCGUCAUAUGCCUCGUAUGGUUGUUAUCCCUCCGGGCAUGGAAUUUAAAGACAUUGCUUCACAUGAUGGCGAUGCUGAUGGUGAAUCUGAAGGAAAUGAUGACAAUCCAGCAAACCCUGAUCCACUGAUUUGGUCCGAGAUAAUGCGGUUCUUUACAAAUCCUCGGAAGCCUAUGAUUCUUGCACUUUCAAGACCAGACCCAAAAAAGAACAUUACUACUCUAGUGAAAGCAUUUGGUGAAUGUCGCCCACUAAGAGAGCUUGCAAAUCUUACUCUCAUAAUGGGUAACCGUGAUGAUAUAGAUGAAAUGUCAAGUACAAAUUCAUCAGUUUUGACUACUGUAUUGAAGUUAAUCGACAAGUAUGAUUUGUAUGGCCUAGUGGCAUAUCCAAAACAUCACAGGCAGUCAGAUGUUACUGAAAUUUAUCGUUUGGCAGCAAAAACAAAGGGUGUUUUUAUCAAUCCAGCUUUCAUUGAACCAUUUGGCCUUACCUUGAUAGAGGCUGCUGCCAGUGGUCUACCUAUUGUGGCUACAAAAAAUGGUGGCCCUGUUGAUAUACACAAGGUCCUUGACAAUGGUAUUCUUGUUGAUCCCCAUGAUCAACAAGCAAUAGCCGAUGCACUUUACAAGCUGGUUUCUGACAAACAAUUAUGGGCACGGUGUCGGCAGCACGGCCUGAAGAAUAUUCACCAAUUUUCCUGGCCAGAACAUUGCAAAACCUACUUAUCAAAAAUAUUUUCAUGUCGACCAAGGCAUCCUCAUUGGCAGAGGAGAGAUGAUCAGUAUGAAGAUUCUGAACCAGAUUCACCUAAUGAUUCAUUACGAGAUAUCAAAGAUAUAUCAUUGAACUUAAAGCUUUCACUAGAUGGCGGAAAAAGCGAAGAUAGUGGUACUGUUGGCAAUAUCACAGGUUCUGCAGAUGCCACUGCUGCUAAUGGGAAGGAGAAUUUGGAAAAUGCAGUUGCAAAGUUAUCGAAGGGUGCUUUAGGACCUGCAGAGAAGGUUUCAUCUGGUGAAAGAACUGAUCAUAACUCUCAUAAGCUUCCAUUGUUGAGGAGGAAGUAUGUUAUGGUGAUUGCAGUGGACUCUGUUGUUGAUGCAGAUCUUAUUUCAAUAAUAAAAAGUAUUUUUGUGGCUUCAAGUGACAGUAUGUCUGGUUCCUUAGGCUUUAUACUGGCAACACAUUUACCAGUAUCAGAGAUUCACUCUCUCCUUACAACUGGUGGCAUGGUUUCUACUGAUUUUGAUGCUUUUAUCUGCAAUAGUGGAAGUGACAUCUACUAUCCAUCUUCAAAUUCUGAGGAUCUCAUUUACCCUUCUGAGCUACCUUUUGAUCUUGACAUAGACUAUCAUUCACAAAUCGAGUAUCGAUGGGGCGGAGAAGGGUUGAAAAGGACCUUAGUUCGGUGGGCUGCUACACUGAAUUCCCAAAAUGGAGGAAAAGAAAUUGUUACUGAAGAUGUGGAACAUUCCUCAACCUAUUGCCAUUCAUUUCAAGUGAAGAACCCAUCUCUGGCUCCUCCUAUCAAAGAGCUUCGGAAGCCGAUGAGAAGCCAGGCCCUUCGUUGUCAUGUUCUUUAUAGCCAUGAUGGUAGCAAGCUAAACAUCAUUCCAGUACUAGCUUCUCGAUCCCAAGCACUAAGGUAUUUAUUUGUUAGAUGGGGCCUACAACUCCCAAAUAUGGUAGUAUGUGUAGGUGAAAGUGGUGACUCAGACUAUGAAGGACUACUUGGCGGAGUGCACAAAUCUGUAAUACUGAAGGGUUCUUUUAACACUGUUCCAAGUGAGGUCCACUCAGCAAGAGGCUAUCCACUGUCUGAUGUUGUGGCCUUUGACAACCCUAAUAUUCUUCAGAUUCAAGGUUAUGGGGCGAACGACAUCAAGUUUGCUCUAGAAAAGCUGGGUAUACUGAAGAAGUAACUGCCUCUGGACACAGAGAGACUUGAGUUAAUCAAUAAGGGACGGACACUGUUUUUAGUGCAACUUUCUUGCAAUAUGUUCCUUCAUGAGGGUGCUUUUGGUUGAAUAAAUAUUACCAGAGCUCAAAGCUUUUAUCGCACAAUACAGUGCGGUGAUCAUGUAAAUAUAAAACACAGAGCUGUGUCUUAACAUUUGAAUUACAGUUCUUGGACUAUGAAGCUUUUCCUGGUUUCGUUUCUGGAAAAGCUUUCUAUAUCAAUAUUUCUGUGUUCCAUAAGCUUGUGAUUCCGACUGGGUCACUGUUUCUUCGACAAAAAAGCUUGUGGCCAUGAAGCUGGGCAAGUUCUGAAAGGAUGACGACAGUUUGUAGUCGCUGGGAGUAAUAGUACAACUGUAAAGAAUUAAAUUUACUUAGUAGGCUAUAAAAUUGUUGAUUAUUGCUCUA